AUGCCCUACAAGGUCUUGAAAUUGCCAGAAUUUCCCGAGAAGGUGAUAUUCAUAUCAUUCUUUAGUGAUUUGGAAAGUGAUGUCAUACGGAACGUCAAAGAAGAAUUGAUCGCUGGAAACAGUGACUUUGAUUUCUGCUUUUUGAAUACAGAUCAUAUAGUAUCUAUGGAGCAUUUGAAUUACAGUAUACAUCAAUCUAUCGUAAAUUUCAAGUUUGGGGCCGAAAAAGCUAAAACUUUGAAUACUGAGAUCAUACUUAAUCUAUCACCAACCAAUAAUAUUACGGAUUCUUUGAAAAGAUUUGGUGUAAGUGGGGAUUGCCCCAACCUCAUAGCUAUAAAAGUUCUAGAGACCCACUCAGAAGUACCAGAAAAAGUCAAUGAGCACCUUAAUUUAAUUUUAAGAGCAAAGGAACAACAAAAUAUUGAAUUUGACAACGAUGUUUUAUUUGACAAUUUCGUGAACAUACAAAAGGUAAAAAAGAUCUAUAAACUUAGUGAUGCUCAAAUGACUGAAACUGGAAAACAACAGCAGGCUAGGUUGACGCGUCUAGUAAUCGGUGCAUGUAUUUUAAGAGGUUACUAA